GUUUGGGAAUUACUCCACCGCACAGAGCUUUGCUUCUCCACAUUAAUGGGGUAAGAAGUGACCUUUUCGGGAGGUUGUAGCUGAAGAUUGCUCGUACAGAAGUAAAUAAGGCCAACAGCGGGGCUCAGAAUUCAAGUAAAACUCAGAUCCCAACUCUUAAGGUUUUUGAGUCAUGAUGCAAGAAUCUGGGACCGAGACAAAAAGCAACGGUUCAGCCAUUCAGAAUGGAGCAAGCAGUGGUAACCACUUACUAGAGUGCAGCAGCCUACGGGAAGUGAGAUCAAACGGCGAGACACCUUCAGUUGAAAUUGGUGCUGCAGAUUUAGCACAUCUCCAGCAGCAGCAGGCACUUCAGGUGGCGCGACAGCUUCUUCUACAGCAGCAACAAGUUAGUGGAUUAAAGUCUCCCAAGAGGAAUGACAAACAACCAGCCCUUCAGGUUCCAGUGUCAGUGGCUAUGAUGACACCUCAAGUUAUCACUCCCCAGCAAAUGCAGCAGAUCCUCCAGCAGCAAGUGCUUACACCCCAGCAACUCCAGGUCCUGCUCCAGCAGCAGCAGGCACUCAUGCUUCAACAGCAGCAGCUUCAAGAGUUUUAUAAAAAACAACAGGAACAGUUGCAGCUCCAACUUUUACAACAACAGCAUGCUGGAAAACAGCCUAAAGAGCCACAGCAACAGCAGGUGGCUACACAGCAGUUGGCCUUCCAGCAGCAGCUUUUACAGAUGCAACAACUUCAGCAGCAACACCUCCUGUCCUUGCAGCGCCAAGGCCUGCUAACAAUUCAGCCCGGGCAGCCUGCUCUUCCCCUGCAACCUCUUGCUCAAGGCAUGAUUCCAACAGAGCUGCAGCAGCUCUGGAAAGAAGUGACAAGUGCUCACACAGAGGAAACCGCAAGCAACAACCAUGGCAGUUUGGACCUUUCCACCACAUGUGUCUCCUCUUCUGCACCUUCAAAGACCUCCUUAAUAAUGAACCCACAUGCCUCUACAAAUGGACAACUCUCAGUCCACACUCCAAAAAGGGAAAGUUUAUCCCAUGAGGAGCACUCGCAUAGUCAUCCACUCUACGGGCAUGGUGUAUGCAAAUGGCCAGGAUGUGAAGCAGUUUGUGAAGAUUUCCAAUCCUUUCUAAAACAUCUCAACAACGAGCAUGCCUUGGACGAUAGAAGUACAGCCCAAUGUAGAGUACAAAUGCAGGUUGUACAGCAGUUAGAGCUACAGCUUUCAAAAGACAAAGAGCGCCUGCAAGCUAUGAUGACACACCUGCAUGUGAAGUCAACUGAACCAAAAGCCACCCCUCAGCCUUUGAAUUUGGUUUCCAGUGUCACACUCUCCAAAACAGCAUCUGAGGCUUCUCCACAGAGUUUACCUCAUACCCCAACAACUCCUACUGCCCCCAUCACUCCUGUCACCCAAGGACCUUCUGUCAUUACAACCACCAGCAUGCACAAUGUGGGACCUAUCAGGAGGCGAUACUCUGAUAAAUACAAUGUACCCAUUUCUUCAGCAGAUAUUGCGCAGAACCAAGAAUUUUAUAAGAAUGCAGAAGUUAGGCCACCAUUCACAUAUGCAUCUUUAAUUAGGCAGGCCAUUCUUGAAUCUCCAGAAAAACAACUAACACUAAAUGAAAUCUACAACUGGUUCACACGAAUGUUUGCUUACUUCAGGCGAAAUGCUGCAACGUGGAAGAAUGCAGUGCGUCAUAAUCUUAGUCUUCACAAGUGUUUUGUGCGAGUAGAAAACGUUAAAGGGGCAGUAUGGACAGUGGAUGAAGUAGAGUUUCAAAAACGAAGGCCACAAAAGAUCAGUGGUAACCCUUCUCUUAUUAAAAAUAUACAGAGCAGCCACGCCUACUGCACACCUCUCAAUGCUGCUUUACAGGCUUCAAUGGCUGAGAAUAGUAUACCUCUAUACACUACUGCUUCCGUGGGAAAUCCCACUCUAGGCAAUUUAGCCAGUACUAUGAGGGAAGAGCUUAAUGGUGCGAUGGAGCAUACGAACAGUAAUGAGAGUGACAGUAGUCCAGGCCGUUCCCCUAUGCAAGCAAUGCACCCUGUGCAUGUCAAAGAAGAACCAAUAGAUCCAGAUGAGACUGAAGGUCCACUAUCCCUAGUGACAACAGCCAAUCACAGUCCAGAUUUCGAUCAUGACAGAGAUUAUGAAGAUGAACCUGGAAAUGAGGACAUGGAAUGAAUAUCUGAUGUCCUCGCCCUGAGAAUGAAGAUUGGAAAAACAUGUCAAAGUUAGCUGUGAAAUCUCUCCAUUAUUGUACAGUCUGGAGGAUUUUCACUCCAUUUUGACAACUAUGAAAUGUGUUAACUCUUAGUGCCAUCAAGUAUCCCAUUUGGGAGUAUUUUUGAUUUUUCUACUUUUUGUUGAAAAAAGGAAUUUGUACUCUGUGCAUUGGAUGGACUUGUUUGGUACUUGGGAUUUUCCUCUCUUACAGUCAACAUCAGUGUUGUAAAUUUGUUAAACUGAUUCGCCUAUUCACAUUUAGCAGCAGACUUUGGGCUGCAGUCCUGCUAAUUACGGACACUGAGGACAUCAAACUGAGCAUGUACACCUAAACUGCAGAUCAAGUCUUUGCCCAGAUUUUAAGGAUUCCAAUGGACAACAUAUUUGCACAGUACUGCAUGUUGAAUAUCACUGCCUUUACUCCAUUUUGGUUUUUUUGCUUCUAUUUGGGUUGGGGAAGGCUUUCGUGUGUGUACUGGGGGGAGGGGUCAGUGGGUUAAAGAAUAAUUAUCCCAAACUUUUUAAUGUAUUGCUUUUUUUUUUUAAAGCUUCUACUAUACCAUUUUAAGUUCUGACCUCAGGCCUCAACUUUGGCCCAGGGCCUCCUUGAGGCUUAAUGUUUUCUGUACUUUGUGAUGAAUGUUAAUAGGUGUUUUUAUUAUACAAAGCUGAAUGUCAUUUUAUUGUUCGCAGUUUUCUGUCAUUCAUUCCAGUUUCUUCAGGUGUCUCCAUGUUUUCUCUAAGAUAAAUGAAGAAAACAUUCCAUUUUGGUCUUUUUUGACACGGUCCCAAAUGUUGCACUCUAUACAGUGAAGGCCCUCCAAUGUAAAAGGAUGAAGUACUGCAAGAAUGGGAAUGAAUGACAGAGAAAAUUUCAAAACACAGGAGAAAGAAAGGCAGAUUCAUUCCACAAAGCAGUAUUUGGGAAUUUUGUUUUGGGGCAGCAACGGUGAAUAUCAGCAGUUGCCACAAUGUCAACAGCACAGCAAAACAUGCAGCACCAAAAGAUUCCGCUUUAUUAGAGAAUCAUUAAUACUACAGGGGCAGUCUCUCAGUUGUUUGACAUGAAUUGAUUGGGGCCAACACAUCUUUGAAAUAUCUGCGAUGAUGAAGGUGGUGAGCAAUAUGAGUUAUUUUACAAUUAGUUGCAAAGUUCUGGAAAAGAUAACCUCAUUAGAUGAUGUUUCUGUGAGUGGUGACGUUACUCGGUUAACUGCUUGGUGGCAUUAAUCUGUUUGAAUGCAAAUUAGAUUUCAGAUUGAACUUGUUAUGGGAGUUAAUAAGGACUGAGCCCAGUAAUGCUAACGUGUCAUUAAUUUCAACUGUACAAAUUCUGUUCUGCAGUUAAGUUUGUUAUGUAAUAUUACACCAACCAGUAUCAAACCCUAACAGUAGAAGACAUGAGUAGAGGAGGAUGAGGCACCUGGACUUGCCUUGCAAGUCUGGAGAUUUUUGAAGCAAACAUUGCAUACAGAAAGCGGUCAUUCUAGGUCAGUACACCUCAGUCGCAAAACACCUAAACACCUUCAUUCUGCAACCACUUUUCUGUCAUUUAUUUAUGUAGGAUUGUAGCUUUUUUAUUUUAGUUUGAGAGCCUUUCAGAGCUUAAUUUAUAUUCUUUGUACCUUUUUUUCUAAAAUUACCAAAGAUAUUACACAAAGGUAAAUUAUGUUCUCUGUUAUAUGCUUUAUCUUAUGAAGCCAAAUAUCCUCUUAUUGUUGAUCAAAGGAGGUGAAAGAAUUUAGAAGGAAAUGACAAGAUAUGGGCUAAUGCUAACCUGAGACAACUGCUCCUUUAUUAUGUAGUAAAUUUAGGCCAAGUAGAUGACUGAACCAAAGUUGUUACUUUUUUUGUGUACUUUUACAGUGACCAAAACUCAAUACUGUAGAGCAGAGAUUACAGGGGUGGGAGAAUAACUAGAGAACAGUAUUAAAAGAGGUGCAGAAGGGGAAGUAGCAUUCGAUGAACACAAAAAAAGUGAAUGUAUGUUACAGGCAAUUAGCAUAUCAGAUAAAGGAGACAGUUUAGUAAGACUUAGAGAGAACAGAAAAGCUUCCACAAUUGAACUGGACCACAUAAUAGUAUUUCUAGAUUAAAUUUGUAUGACUUUUGUUUUAUAGAUUGCGUGCCACUUUUUUUUUAAAGGAUUGUACAAUGAUCACUUCUUUUGUUUUGGUUUCUCGUGGCACAUUUCCUUGUUUUUGGGCUAGGUUUCGGUCAGCAUUUUUCAUAAAGAAAUAACACUCCUGUCCACUCAUAAGCUUGGUAUAAGAAACUUUAUUGGCAGUUACUUUUCAAAGCUCAACUAUGCUUUCUGUACAAAGGGCAGUCUGUGGUCAUUUGAAACAUUAAAAAAAAAAACUAUCCAGGCAGCUUCAUGAUGUACAGGUAGUAGCCAGAUGGGAUCAUGAGAAGUGUGCUUCGAAACUGAGUGGUUUGCUGGUUAGUUCGGUAUUCAAAGAGGAUAAAAAUCUGGUAGAUUAGUUCAUUCUCAGCAUGUGUAGCUAGACAUGAGUAAAGAUAACAGCAUGAGAAACUGUUAGUACCAUACCUCAGUUCAAACCUUUAGGGAAUGAUUAAAUAAAAAUACAUUUCACUCAGUUGCACUUAGUUGUAUGUCUUGCAUGCUUAGUCUAAAGACUGUAGCAAAGAAAAAAAAAGAAAAAGAAAUAAAAAAUUAGAUUUUACAUAUCUUGCAGGUGUCACAGCCUUGCAGAAGAACCAACUGAAAAUCUCAGGCUUUACAUCAAGCAAACUUCACUAUGAUUUUUAUGAUUCAGAUUCCAUAUCCCUUUGGAUAUACAGUUGCUUCUUUAGGGUGGGGUUUAUUAUGUUGUACAUAUAUAUCCCAAUGUGUCUGUGUGAGCCUUUGUCUUUUUCGGGGAGGGAAGAGGGAGGAGGGAGGUUCUUUUUUUAGAUAUUGUUCCUAAAAAGGAAUAAAUGCAUACACCUGUUUGUCAAACACCUUUGCUUUUUGUGCAACUGCUUUAUAUUAACUAUACUAAAAAUAGCUUUGAAAAAAAACUACUGUAUGUAAUGGAAUUGCAGAAUUUGCUGCACAUGUAUUUUAUUUAGUUAUCCUUGCUUUAAGAAUAUUGGAUGACAUUUCCUGACAUGUGGGAGAAGAUCCCUGACUUUUUUUUGCUUUAAAAUUGUAACAUAGUUGACUGAUUUUUUUUUCCUGUUAUCAUCGAUCGAAGCAGUUUUUGUGUACAGUUUUUGUGUUAAGCUGUUUUUUUGAUACUUUCCCACUCCAUGUGUUAUCUUACCACUACCUGUGGUAGACUGUCUUAAACAAUUUCAUAAAUUUGAAAAGGAAAAAAAGUUGUUUAAAAUGUUUUCUCCUGCUGCAGUAAAUAUUUUGCAUGAUGAAAUUCCAGGGUCACUCUUUCAAAAGUUUAUCAGUGAAGUAGUGAUUAAUAAUGGGGAGUGUCAAACUAUUGAACUUUUGUAUAAAAAAAAAAACUUUACAAGGUGCCAAGAUGUAAAGACAAUUUGUUACAUGUUUUUUUUUUUUCUCAAAGAAAAGCGUACAUUAUGAAAUUAGUACCAUGUAUCAGGUAAAACGCUGUCAGGAAUGAGAGUCACAGCCUUCCGUGUUCACAAAGUUUGUAAAUGUAAAACCUGUUAGGCUUCUGCAUUCAACUAGCAGUAAAAUGAAAUAUCAAGGCUUAUGCAGAGAAUAGCGAUCCCUCAAGGAAAUGAUUCUGCCACCCAGUUACCAAUAAGCUGAGAUCCAAUAUGGGGAAACCUAUGAUUCUUAACCUAAAAAUAUUGCAUAAAUCACUAGAAUUUAUUUUAUCAAAAAUAAAUAAAAAUUGUGGAAAAAUUGGAACUCCUACAGUUUUCAGAUUGCAGAUGAGCUGUAUUCUUUAUAACUCAAACGAUGUUUUUAAAAUGAGUUUGGAUGGCUUUGGUAUCCUUUAGUUAAUGUAUUCAUAUGGAGUUUGGGGAUGUUUGGAACUAAUUAGGUUUCUUUGCUCAAGAAUCAAAUUUGCAGAUGAAAUGGCAUUUUUGUAGGCCUCACUGGAUAGAGGUUCACAAAAUAUCUUCUACCCAUAAGCCUUGAUGAAAAUGGUACAGUCCAGACUGUUAGCAUGGUGCUUCGUGUGUAUGUGCUGCCAGUAACGAGAUUUUUUUCUUUAUAAGGCAUAAAAGAAACUCAUUCCUUACAUCAACUGUAAUUCCAUCAUUCCAUGUCUGUUGAUACAGACAAUAAAAAAAAGUUGUGUAGUCAGUACUAAUUACUGACAUUAUAGCAUUCUCAAAUGCAAUAAAAAAUUUGCUGGUUGUUCACACUGGUAGUACAA